ACUACAGCUAAUCAAAGAAACCCAACAUCCAUUUCUUCUCGGCUGAGCUGCAGAUCGUCGUUUGCUUCCCUGUUCUCAUUCAGAAAAUCCAGAAAGGAGACUUUAAAGCUUCAGUCACUGGGACAGAAAGGAUAGUCACAAAAGAAACAGGACUGAACUCGCAGAGGGACAAAGUCCUUCUGACACCACGAAACUUGGCUCUUUUGAAAGCCAACUUCUAACCAACUGCACAGAUCCCAGGUAGUGCAUGCAGUGAUUAAUGGGUUAAAUGUUGGGAAAUGCUCAUUGACUUUCUCCACUGUUCCAAGAGCCUGGUCUAUGCUCUGGUCAGGAAGAUAUCUUCAAAUCAAAACUACUUUUUCCUUGGGGAUAUGUGUAUCUGUGGUCACAAGGAGAGAUGGGGUAGAAAGAUGAAAUGAAAGUAAACGAGAUGAGCAACGAGAGUAGAGAAAACUGGCAUUUUAAAAUUGAGGGGAUGAGGAUAUUACCGUGACUAGCAGUAUCCAGAACGGCUGUUCUGCUGUGGGGACCCAGAAUUUAUUUAUUUAUUUAUUUUAUUUAUUUUUUUUUAAGAUUUUAUUUAUUUAUUUGACAGAGAGAGACACAGCGAGAGAGGGAACACAAGCAGGGGGAGUGGGAGAGGGAGAAGCAGGCUCCCCGCAGAGCAGGGAGCCCGAUGCGGGGCUCGAUCCCAGGACCCUGGGAUCAUGACCCGAGCCGAAGGCAGUCGCUCAACCGACUGAGCCACCCAGGCGCCCAGGACCCAGAAUUUAAACUUAAGGUAAAGAAAGGGAAGCUUUUUGGAACAGGCAUCGUUCCAGAGAGUUCCCAGUGUAGAACGGUGUAAAAAUCAGUUCAUCCUGACUCACAGGUUAUUGGAUUGUUUUGUGAAAAACAAGCAAGGCUUUGCUUACAUGCAGUUGGGCUGGCUGCUAAAUAUUUUCAGCACGUCUUCCUGGUUGAAAAGCUUCCCACCCUCUUAAGGUGUUGGCCUCACACGUGACGUGAGCCAUCACACCAUUAAGAGUGCGUUGCUGCACUAAAUAGGAGGUGCUGGAGGUCACUCUUGCUGAAAACAGUAAGUGGCACGCGGCUUGGUGGGGCGGGUGAUGAGGCUCCCGAACCUGGAGAACAGAACUCUGUCCUCCCCUCUCGGGUGGAUGGAAGGUGUUUUGCUCCCAGCUUUCACCUGAGCCUGCUUUUGUCUUUGCUGAAAUAAUGAAGAGCUGAACAGAAUGUAGAUUUAUGUGACUGUCCCUACCAGAGUCACUUGCAAGGAAGUACUCUGCAAAUAGGUGAGUUGCUUUUCUUUGUAAAAAUGUUUGAAACGCUAGUAAUCCUCUCGUUUGGAGAUUAAAAAUCGAAGGGUAUUUCCUGUGGAGGGAAUAUGUAUUUUAAGGACAAGAAAAAAUAUUCCUGAUGUGUGGUGAAGCUGGGACUUGUGAUGGAGUUUGUGUUUUAGGUGAUUUUCUUUAAGGCAGAGUUUUAUACAACUGAACAAUCUAACAUCAGUAAACCUGGAAAAGUUGAGGAACCUGUUCACUCUGUGGACAAGUUAUUUCCGAGCUCAUAUUACAAGUCACUGCAAAAAUGGAUCAAAGAAGACAGCAAAUCUAGAAUCUUCCAUCUGGGUAUCAUGUUUUCUGGUUACAGAUCAAGAUAUGACAGCCACUCAGGACCUCCUGUGUCUGUGAGGCGAACCAUUACGCAGGCAAAAAUACACAGCUCACCUCUGGAAAAUCCACAAGUUGAGAGUGCAUUUGUCCCCCGGCCAACAGGCAUGAGGGAGGGAAGUGGCAUGCCCCCGUGGGAUGCCUCACUGCUGGAAAAUGAGUUUUUCCAAGUUUUAGAUGAUUUGGAUAACAAACUGGCUCAGGAACAGUGUCCAAGCUCAGUGAAUACCACAACACCUCUCAACUAUGGAUCGAGAACACAGUUCAGUCAUUUCUACUCUAGGGGAAACACACAUGGUAAUAUCACAGGACGGCACAAAAACCACUAUAAUGAAACUUCUAAUAUGUCUAUCUAUGACAUCCUAAGACCAGGAGCCCCUAGGGAAGGUUUUAAAAUCUUUUCUCCUAGAACAAAAACAAUUUAUGAUAUGUACAGGACAAGGGAGCCCAGACUCUUAAAAGAAGAUUAUGUGCAAAAGAAUACUUUUGGUAGUACUUCUCUGUGUUCCGACAGCAGGCAACAAUCGGCUUCACCAGCUACAAGAUAUUUCACAGCAAGAAGCUUACAUUUUCCAACCACCACUCAGAACAAGAGUGGGUUUAUACCACCAAGACACCAGCAGAGCCCAAAGAGAACUCCUUUAUCAUCCAUCAUAUGGAAUAGAUCAGAUUCUUCUGGAGAUAGGCAGAGCCAAGAAGAGUUCCUGAGGGCCCCGUCACCCAUGGAGAUUGAUACUGCCGACCAGUAUACGUAUCCCAGGUGUUUUCAGGAGAACAGGAGAUAUGGAUUUUACCGUUCACAGAGUGUUUACCAAGGUGUUCAUUUUAAUGCCCCCAUGGAUAAUGCAAUGAGUCCUGACCCGUUUGAGAACUCAGAGAAUAUGCCAUUCUACCCUCAAAAAAACCCAUUUGCUAGAUCUUUCUCUAGCAACACCUUUGGACGAAACAGGGAACAGAGAUUUAGGCAAAGUCCUUUUUGGGACCAACAGGAAGAACAUUCUUCCUGGUCUGACUUCCAUCAAAGCCAGCAUCCAUUCCCUUCUUUUGAGAGAGACUCUGAAAUGAUUUCCACAGAAGCAAAUAGUGCCUUAGCUGCUCAUGGCCAUAGUGUUCUUUCUCAACACUGGGGAUCAUCUUCUUCUAGUUACAGAACAAAUAUGUUCAGAGAUCAAGAAGAGCCACAUCCCUGGCAGUUUGAUUCUCAGACACCCAUGCUGGAGAGCAUGGAGGUGUCACAAGGUAAUGAGAGCCAGUGGACUCAUUUCAACAUGCCCAAUGUUUGCCCUAUGACUGGUCCAAGCUAUCACAUCACAUCUGGUAGGUCAGUAUGUCAAGAGGGCAGUCCUCCUACAGAAGUCCAUAUCAACAAAGAACCUUACUCAUUUGGAAUUGCUCAGACUCUAGCAUCCUCAUUUAAAACUUCCUUCCCCCAGAUUCCUGAUGACAGAGGGAAUCCUCAGAGUCCCAUCUUUCAGAAUCCCACAGUCACUGUGCAGAAAAUUAAGCCUGCCUCUCUUCCAGUAAAAACCUAUACACAAGUCACUGUGACCAAGAGGAAUUCAGUUGAUUCUCCACCUCUUACUGAAAGCCCACCCAGUAUCUCAGCCACAGAUGUGAGUCAUGAGAAAGACUUGAAUGAAUCUGUUUUGGAAGAAGAUAAACAACUAAACAAGAUGGACCAGACAAACAUGACAAGUGAAGUACCCCAACCUGAUUCACAAACUGUAAUCUCUAACCCUUCCCCCGAUUUUCGAAAUCCCCUGUCCCAGGACUCAGCUAAGAGCAAAGGAUUUGCUUUGAAUGCAUCUACCACAGUAAGUUCAAAAAUGUCACCUGGAGUUAUUGCCAGGAAAGAUAUAUCCAAAAUUCAUCCAUCACACGGAGAUAAAUCCAAUGAACUAAAAAAAGAUAGGAAUUUUACUGGGAGUAGAAAAGUUGGCUCAGCAACUGCCCUUCCUUUUAUUCAGGAAAGCAGAACAACAUCUAUUCCCAGCCCAAAUCCAGGUGGUCACCAGGAAGUAAGAGUAAGCCGUGAAGAUAGUUCAGGCAUUACUAGAAAUCACCACUGGAGCUCUGCACCUGAUAAUCAAAAUGCACAGUCUCCAGAAAAGCCUGCUCUUUUAGAUGCCGAGGAAGAACAACAUAGCACAACUCGUUCUAUGAACUGUAGCAGAUCAGCUGCUGGUCACGAGAUCCCGGGGGAUUCUUUAGACCUGUCAUCAGGUAUACCACCUGAUAACUCACCGUCGAAUAAUUCUUCCCUUGAGGCUCUGGCGAUUCCUUCUACAACAGCGUUCUCCAGGAAAAGUCCUUCAGGCAAAGAUCCAUCUUUGGGAGAAGGGGAACAAAAAGACAAUGAUAGUAAACACCAACAUGAUCAGUUUGCCCCAAGCUCCUCAGAAAACCAAAAGAGUCGUGAUAAUUGUGUGCUUGUACAUAAUGAGGUGGUUGAUGCUGUCAAAUGCCAUUCCCUCCCUCCUUUCAAGGACGGAAAAGCAAAAGGAAAAAUAAGACGAUGCAUUUCCUGUUUUGAAAAGUUAAGCAAAACGGAAAGCAGAUCAGCACCUACAAGUGAUAACAGUAACCUCAGGGAGAUGAAUGGAAGCCAUUCCAAGUGUCCUGAGGUUCACACUACUUAUUGUAUCUCGCCAAGAAAAUCAGCCAGUUUUCUCAUCAAUAACAGGAAGUCAGAAAGUAAGAUAAUGCCUUCUUCAUUUAGGAAUGAACCACUUCCAUUCCAAAUCAAAAAUAAGGUGGAAGACCCAAGAGGGAAGGACGCGUCAAACAAAUUCAGUUCCAGUUCUUUGGAGUCAGAAAGCAGAUAUUCCAAAGCAGUUUCAGACUCCGUCUCAGUAGCACCUGAAGCCACAAAGAGGAUGACAAAUACGAAAAACCUUGGAUCUGCUUCUGUUAGAAAAGGACCACUUCCGUUCCUCACCAGGAGGGCUGUGUCAUGUCCUUCAGGGGCACCAGAUGCCUCAAAUGGGAGAGAUGAAAGAGAAAAAUGCUUGGUCUCAAUCACAGAUGCUUCUGCUCUAACACUAAGACCUUGGGAGACAAUCAUUAGCCCUCCGGAAAAUAACUCACCCGUUAGCGAUUGUUCUUUACCCAAAGGGCACCCCCAAGAGGAAAACUUUCGAGAACACGCUGAAAAGGAUCGUAAAGUUGCCGCCUCCAGGACGGGUCUGUUCUCAAAUGAGGACCCUUUACCUUUUUCCUCAGAUAUGUCAAGGAAAGAAAGUGGGAAAACAUUACAUAAAUUUAAGACUACUAGUAUGUUUUCGGUUUCUGGUGAUGAAGAUAACGUGAAGUGUCUUGAGCUGGUUUCAAUAUAUUACACUCUGCCAAGGAAAUACAGCAAAAAAUUCUGUAACAUUCUCGAAAAGUAUACACAGCAAAUCGAUUCACUUACAGAAUCGACUAAAGCGGAGACCAAAGCAUUUCCUAAUGCUUUUGAAAAGGACAAACUAAAUUGUUCUAUACAAGAGCAGUCAGGAACACCUUCCUCUGAAGGUCAGAAGAUGCUGGUCAGCUCUGCUCAGGAGAAGAGCCAUUGUGUUUCUCACACCACUGAAGAUACGACUGCUUCACCAGACCCGAGGCCCUCAGAGCCCAUAUUACAGGAAAUGGCUUCUACUGCGGCAGAUGUUUCUCUUCAUAAAGGAGAAUCAAGAACUGGAGCGAUUUCCCCAGAUAACUUCGCUAAAACCCCUCUAGGCGAUGCACAGAGCAGAAAGGAGAGAGGGAAAAAACAGCAGAGUGAAACCCUGCAUGUUUUAUCAAUGCUUCAGGGAAAAAAAGUUACAGAAGAGAAAUCGGAAAACUGUCAGCAGCCCGUUAAGUUGGGUAACGGGGGUCCUUCUAAUCUUCCGGCCCAUUCAGAAGAGAAUGUUGGGAAUUCCCAAACCGUAAGAAGUCCUGAGGAGUGUGCAGGUAAUGCUGUGGUCAUUACAGCUCCUGGAACUGCAGAAUGCCUUCAGAAAGAUAUCACAGGCGAAGCUGUGGUUGGUAGCUCCAGUGGAUUGCAGCCGAGGCAGGUCAGAGGGGAAAUUGGAACAGAUUUCCAAAAAGAGAGUAUUAAAGCACUUUAUGACUCGGAAAGGCAGGUCUUUGCUCUUCCUCCAGCUUUGCACAAUCUACAGCUUGACAAAGGGACUUGUUCAGGAGAGCCAGAUUUAGACAGUUUGCAGUCUGAACCCAGGGAACUACCGCAAAGGAGUCAGGAGGUAAGUAUGACAGAGAACAGUAAAGCUGAAGACGAAAUGCAAAAGUUGGCAUGGGAUCAACCUUCACUUCCUGAAGGAAGCAAUAAAAAUAAAACCAGCGUGGAUGACCCAGAAAAAGGAAAAAACAGAUCUUUAGUUAAACACAGAUUGGCAGCCAUGUCCAAAGCCAGCAGAAAAUUCUCAGCUAAAGAUUUAAGCCCCAGAAGACAUGUAGCUACUAUCUUCCCCCAAAGUGGGAACAACUGUGACUUUGGCAGCCUAUCUCUUGGCACACCAGAGCGCGACCCUCUGUCCCCUGAGCCAACUCCAAAGUCCGGAGAAUCCAGAAAUGAACGCAGGUUGAGUAGCGAUGUCAUGGAGGCGGAGAAAUCCGAGAACUCUCUCCAGGUUCCUGUAAUAUCCAACAGAGAAGCUUCUACACAGUUAAGCAAUCAGAAGUCUAACGGCAUUUCACAACUACGUCAGAGUGAGUCUAAAAAUAUCUCAGCAUCAUCACCAAAGUAUGAGAAGUCUAAAGAUGUAGCAGCAGCUCAGACCUUGGAAAGAGAGUCAGGAGACUUGGCCCAACCCACAUUCCCCAGCCGCGGGGAAGCAGACUUCUCUGACCAUCAGAGAAGACUGAACCCUCCUUUUCCACUGGAGCCCGCAGAGAAAUCCAGAGGAAGCAUCCCGUUGCCCACUUACCGGCAGCAACAAAGUGCUUCAUCUCUGGAAUGGGAACCUGAACCACAUCCCUAUCGUUCAAACAGUUUAAAAAGCAUCAGUGUGCACCGUGAUCUGGUACGCAAAAGUCAUCCUCCAAAAGUCAGGGAGCGCCAUUUUUCUGAGAACACGUCUAUUGUCAAUGCCCUGAGUCAACUGACCCUAGGGAAUGAAUUCUCCAGUGACAGCAGGUACAGUCGAAGAUUCAGAUCCUUUUCUGAGCUUUCCUCCUGUAAUGCAAAUGAAAAUCGGGCUUUGUGUAGUGGCAGGACAAAAAUGGGCCCCAGGUCGGCAACAUCUAUAUCCAGACCCAUUGACUAUGGAAUUUUUGGGAAAGAACAACAGUUGGCUUUCUUGGAGAGUGUAAAGAGGUCACUCACGCAAGGAAGAUUAUGGAAGCCAAGUUUUCUCAAGAACCCUGGCUUCCUAAAAGAUGAUGUAAUUAAUGCUCCUAAUCCAACAGAGCUAUCCAGCUCAAAUUCUCCUCUCAGCCAGAUGCCAGAAGAUGCCUUAUCUCCAAGCGCACCACUUAAUAUCUAUGAAGAGAAUCCAGUGGACUCAGACUGUGACACAGACACAACCACGGAUGAUGAAUACUAUCUAGAUGAAAAUGACAAAGAGUCAGAACUGUGAGCCUUCCUCAAUAAAAUGCAUAACCUUUCCACCAAAAGCUUGUACUGGAAAUGAAGUGUAAAUGUGUAUGCCCUUGAGAAGGACAGUAUAAAAAAGAUCUGGUCUGAGCAGCACCUACUCUGAAACAACCCAAAUUCUCUUCCCUCCCUUCCCUACAACAUAUAUAUAUAUUUCCUAAAUUCUAGAGCAAAUUAUUUUUUAUUUUGGGGGAUUCUCUGCUGUUUUCUCUCUCUUGGCCUUACUUCCCUCCUGUCCCCUCACUGUCCAACUUUGGCUUUCUGCUCUACUUUACUUUCUCCUUAGCUUUUUUUACACCUUUCAUUGUGAUUCACAACCCUAAUACCCCCGGCACAUACAGAAGUAAUAACUUCAGUAAGUUAGAAAAUUCUGUACUGCCCCUUCCAAUCCACACCCUAUAUUCAUGACAUUAAAUAAAGUGUAGGGAUAAUGACAGUGGAGUAAAUGUUACCAUCCUGUUUGACCUAGCAUUUAGGAGGUUUAGGGUUGUUUUUUGUUUUUGUUUUUUUCCCUUUCAAACAAAGAUAAGGGAAUUUUCAUAAAGGCAUCCUAUUAGAUGGAAGCAGAUGUUUGAUGUAUUUACUGAGGUUAGAGAUGAGCUGAAUCCCUAUUAAGCCCAAAAUAUUAGUACUUCUAGGACUACAUUUGAAGACAUUCGUAGGGACUGGCUGACUUGUUAAGGGCUGAGGUUUAAUCAAGUCAAGGACUCAGGCCGGGUAGCAUGAUGGUACAGAAGGUGGCUUGGCCACAGAAUUCCUGCUUAGGAAGGAAGCAUGACUGGGGAUGCAGGUAAGUGGACAUCCUUCGUGGGAUGGACAUCCUCACUGCAGCUCUCUCCCCAACUGGUUUUCCCCAUUUCUGCAGGACUACCCAUUUCUGGAGUUUCUUUAUUUACAGGAUAGAACGCUUUAUUUCAUGUGCACGUUUUAGUCACGAAUAUCAAGCGAUAACCUUGGCGACGCCCCUAAAAUGCCACUGAGUGAGAUCAGACACACUGGGUUUCACUGGCUUCUUUGCAGGAUCAUUUACCAAACCCACGGGAAAUUAUAAGGCAGAGCUUCUAAGGGCUUGUCACUAUGAUUUCUUCAAUAAUGUAUCUAGACUAAAUACUCUUCAUAUCCACAACUUGGUUUUCUAACUCUUUGGUUGCCAAGCCAACCUUCUGGAACUUUCCCUCCUAAUAGGAUAAACACCAAUAGAUGGCGGUAAAGAUCAUUCACUAGAACUACAGAAAGCCUGCCAUCUAGGACCUUAGUGCUGUGAGGGUCCACAUGAGUGGAUUUCAUUCCGAUUGCUUCCCAUUUGCUUCCUGACCCAAUUCUCUUUUCCAUUUUUCUCACCUAGUCUGUUUCAUCCAUAUAAAUUAAGGAUAAUGAUAGUGUUGGUGAAGCAUACAGAGAUCUAGAACUGAUAGAAAUGCAAGAAAGAACUAUAUUAUUAUUAUCCUCCUAACCAUUGCUUUGCCUGGAAGCAAAAUACCAGGGCGACUUCACAUCAUUCCCAUGAAACUCAAAACUAAUAAACAUGUGGUAACUAACAUGGAAGUUAUUCCUUAAAUCUGUAAAUUGUUUUAAAGUCCAGGCUCUGACCAAUAUCAAGCUCAAAGAGACUGAUAAUAGAAUUUUAAAUCAACUGUACUGGAUAUUUCCAUUUAAAUGGUAAAGAAUAAAUAACAUUUUAUUCAUUUUUUAUUUAUGUUUGUAAAUUCUACCUUUCCCCUUCCCCUUCUAUUUAUCUGAUUAUUUAAGAACAAGUUUCAUAAACCAUGACUUAUGUUUUCCAUCUAAUUUUAAGAUAUUCAGAGUUCAUAUUUUAAUGUUAAGCUUCUCGAUUUUUGAAAAAUGAUCAACUUGCAAGUUCUAUUUCAGUAAAUACUCUGAGUUUACAUGUAUGUUACAAAAGGCGAAAUGAAGUUAGCUUAUUUUUCACUGAGUUUAGGCUAUAUCAACAGUUAAAUUAAGGUGAGGAUAAACAAUUACUCUGAGGCCCUCCUUCUCUGCACUGGAAUCUCCUAUUUGAAUUCAGAGGUAAUUGAUGGCUGAUUCUCACCUGCACUGUUUGUAAUAUUUGCUUGUUGGUCUGGCUCAAGAAUCAAAGAAACAGAAAAUUCAUAAAAAUAGUACUUCUAGGGGUACCCGGGUGGCUCAGUCGGUUGAGCGUCUGACUCUCAAUUUCAACUCAGGUCAUGAUUUCAGGGUCAUGGGAUCGAGCCCCGAGUCAGGCUCUGCACUUAGUGGGGGGUCUGCUUGAGGAUUCUCUCUCUCCCUCAGCCCCUCUCCUUGCUCUCUCUCUCUCAAAUGAAUAAGUAAAUCUUAAAAAAAAAAAAAACAACCAGCACCUUCUAUAGUUUUAUACUUUUAUAAAAUACUUCGUUAAAGAAGUACAGCAAAUUUCUAUGUAUUUUAACAUAUAAACUGCUGCUUUUUAAGACUCAUUUUUGGUAUAGCUAUACUAAUUUAUAAUAGUCAUUUUUAUACCCCUCACUUGUGUUCUAAAGGAUAUAAUCAUUAUUAAAAUAAAUAUUCACAUAAAUGGAGUAAAUCAUGAGGGAAUCCAUUCUAAUAAGUACCUUUAAAUUAUUAACUUGUUUAGAUAAUAGACUUCAAUUUCACACUGUACAAUUUAUUUCAAAUAGAGCUUGGGCGCCUUGGUGGCUCAAUCGGUUAGGUGACCGACUUUUGAUCUCAGCUCAGGUCAUGAUCACAGGGUAGAGAGUCCUAAGCCCCACAUUGGGCUCCACACUUUUUUAAAGUGGAGUCUACUUUAAAAAGGAAGGGGGCUUAAUGAGAUUAUUUUCAUUUUUAGAGACCUCUUUCUAAAUAAUUCACCCCCUUACAUUUGUAAAUAUAUGGAUGUUAAUAAAACUUCCAACUGCUACUAACAAGGUUUUGACUGGUGAAAAGUGAAUAAAAAUAAUUUUGUGUAGAAGGUAAAUGUAUGUCUGUACUAGAAAUAAUGAAAGAAAGUCCACUUAGGUUAUGGUGAAGACGGGAAUAAAAUUGAAAAACUCCCACCUCCAUAAAAGCACUAUACUCUGUGGAAUGCCAGAAGGUUAAAGAGGCCUUAUUGGUAAGAGUUUAUUGUUAACAGUGGUGAUAACACUUUAGAAUAUCCUAUUUAAAUGUACAGCAUAAAUAUGUAAAUAUCUUACGUUCCCAGCAAGUUUGUGAAUGUAUUACCACUUAGGGGCUCUUGUGACUGGCACACCUGUGUUCUGAAACAAGUAAGCCUUAAGCACUUUUGUUAAAAUGUUGUCAAAUAAUCCUUUUAUGUACUUGUUCUCAAUCCUGUUCUCUAGAUAUGAAAAGUGUUACAAGACAAGGUGCAAAUUUAAAACAGUGCCUGUGUUGAAAUAAAUGAUUUAAAUAGA